AUGAGAUCUGACGCCGCCGUCCUCACCGCCGGCCUCCUCGGCACGGCCGCGGCUGCCAAGCCCGACCCCAACACCCUGCCCCUUCCGCCCAUGGGCUUCAACAACUGGGCGCGCUUCAUGACGGCCAUCAACGAGUCCAUCUUCGUCGACGCCGCCGCCGCCAUGUCCACCAACGGCCUCCUCGCCGCCGGCUACAACCGCAUCAACCUCGACGACGCCUGGUCGACAUCGAAGCGCAACGCCACUGGAUCCAUGGUCUGGGACACGACCAAGUUCCCGCAGGGCAUGCCCUGGCUCACCGAGCACCUCAAGUCCAAGGGCUUCGUCCCGGGCAUCUACAGCGACGCCGGCACGCUCUCCUGCGCCGCCGACUACCCGGGCACCCUCGGCCACGAGGACCAGGACCUGCACGACUUUUACGAGUGGGGCUUCGAGUACCUCAAGCUCGACGGCUGCUACGUCGACGACUACGCCAAGGUCUACGGCGGCUGGAUCGACCGCAUGGCCAAGUUCAACGAGGGCAAGACCAGCGGCAGGGUGGUCUUCUCCAACUCGGCGCCCGCGUACUUUGCGAGCGACGACGACAGCCUCUCCGGCUGGUACACCACCAUGAUGCAGGCCGCCGCCGGCGGGCAGCUCGCCCGGCACUCGUGGGACAUUGCCACGUACAGCUCGGACCCUGCCUGGUCAAGCGUCAUGGGCAACUACGGCUUCAACGUGCGCACCACGCGCUUCCAGCAGCCGGGCUUCUUCAAUGACCCGGACUUCAUCAUCGCCGACCACCCGGGCCUGACCCUCGACGAGAAGCGCAGUCAGUUCGCGCUGUGGGCGAGCUUCUCCGCGCCGCUCAUCAUCAGCGCCGACAUCCCCAAUCUGACGGACGACGAGCUCGCGUUCCUGACCAACCGCGAUCUCGUCGCCGUCAACCAGGACCCCCUUGUGCAGCAGGCCAGCCUGGUCAGCCGCGACGACCAGUGGGACGUGCUGACCAAGAGCCUGGUCAAUGGCGACCGCCUGCUGACGGUGCUCAACAAGGGCAACGCGGCGGCCGACUUGGCCGUGUCGUGGGCGCGCAUCGGCGUGCGGCCUGACAGCGGCGCGACGCUGCACGUUAGAGACCUCUGGACGGGCGAGACGAGGAGCGUCCAGGCCAGCGAGGGCGGCCUCACGGCGAGCCAGGUGCCCUCGCACGGCACGGCCGUGCUUCGCAUUUCGGGUGACAAGCUCAACGUCGUGCCGACGGGCCUCAUCCUCAACACGCAGUCCAUGAAGUGCCUGACGGAUUCCGCUUCCGGCGCGGCGACGUGGGCGACGUGCAACGCCGCCGACGGCCAGACCUGGACGGUCGACCAGUCGGGUCGGGUCAGCAGCCUUUUGAACUCCGGAAGCUGUCUCGGCAGCAAGGACGGGGUUGUCGCGACGAGCAAGGGCAGCUGCAGAAGCACCUGGUGGUUCCCGGUGUCCGGAAACGUGAUCCACAAGAAGAGCGGGUUGUGUCUCCAGGAGAACAAGGACGCGUCCAUCUCGGCGGCCAAGUGUGGCACCGUGACGGAUGAGCAGGUCUUUGGCGUGCCGGUCGGUGUGGGCAUUGACUAUUCGUAG